AUGCCGGUGUUUGACCGUGUCGAGGGCCUCGCGGUGAACGUGGUGCUCGCCACAAGCUUCGGGAAGGUUUCGAUGCAAGGAUUCGAAAUGAAGGCGGAACCGGGGGCGGAACAAGCGAUCGGGCAAGUCGUCAAGGUUGCAGGCUCAAGGCACCGCUCGGGGUUGUCGAGGGUCGCAGGAUUGGAAAUGGCCCCAAAACCAGCGACGUAA